GCGCUUUCCAACGAAAAAGGAAUAUUUCAUUUCAAGGUCGUGUAUUUUUUUCUGCAGACGGGGGAGGUGAUCCCGAUGCCCGUUCCCGCCUCGUACAACGACGUGACUACGGAGCGCUACAUCCGAGACCACGUCGGCGUCGUGUACUACGACAGGACGUUCUUCGUGCCGGCCAACUGGGACGCCGGGUCAUCGAGGGUGUGGAUGCGCUUCGGGAGCGUGCACUACGCAGCCAAGGUGUGGAUUAACGGGCACCUCGUGAUGAUGCACGAGAUAGGGCACCUGCCCUUUGAAAAGGAGAUCACGUCCAAGUUGCGGUUCGGUGCCAAAAACAGGGUCACGGUCGAGGUUGACAACACCUUGUAUCAGCAGUCCAUCCCACAGGGCAGGCUGGUUGAGAUCAACACGGACAUGGGCCCGAAGACUGUCCAGACGUACACCUUCGACUUCUUUAACUACGCGGGCAUCCACCGGCCGGUGUACUUGUACACCACGCCGCACACGUACCUGGACGACAUGACCAUCACCACGGACGUGGACGGCUCUACGGGAUACAUCAACUACGCCCUGGUGCUGGGCGGCGUGACCUCGCGAGAGACGCCGCGCAUCCAGAUCGACGUCCUGGACGCGGAUGGCAACUUCGUGUACAGCCACACGGACCACGACGGGCUGAAGGGCCGCAUCGAGGUCCCCGACGCGCGCUUGUGGUGGCCCUACCUGAUGGACCCGGACCCGGGCUACCUCUACACCCUCCAGGUGCGCGUCACGGGCCACAUCUGGGGCCACGACGACGUGUACCGGCAGCCCGUGGGCAUCCGGACCGUGGAGUGGACCAACUCCUCCGUGCUCAUCAACGGCAAGCCUAUCUACAUCCGGGGCUUCGGCAAGCACGAGGACGGCAACAUUCGCGGCAAGGGCCUGGACUACCCGACGCUGGUACGCGAUUUCAACCUCUUCAAGUGGGUGGGUGGCAACGCCUUCCGGACAUCCCACUACCCGUACGCCGAGGAGAUCAUGGACUUCGCAGACCGAAUGGGUAUCAUGGUGAUCGACGAGUGUCCCAGUGUGGACACCGAAAAUUACUCGCCCACGCUACUGCAGAAGCACAAAGACUCCCUCGGUGAGCUCAUCCGGAGGGACAAGAACCGACCCAGUGUCAUCAUGUGGUCGGUGGCCAACGAGGCCAGGACGCAGCUUGCCGACGCGGAUGCCUACUUCAAGUGAGUCGUUCACUUCAGCUCGGCCGGGGGCUAUGAACAAGCA